UAAUACACUUUCCAGUUGUCGUAAUGACGUCGUAUCGAGCGGAUCAAUCUACGUCCAAUACAGUUAUUGAGCUAUUCGCGAUCGCGAUUAAUACUUCGAGUAUUUUUCCAUCGGAAAACAGCCACAAUCAAUCGUUUUCAGAGUGGAUGGAUGUUUGUCGAACAGGGCUAGGCUACUCAGCACAAAGGAACCCAUUCACGAUCGAUUGCGACAAGGGAACAAUUUGAGCAAACAUAAAAGGAAUCGGUGAUAACACUUUUGAAAUUCAGCCGUUUCGGGAAUAUGUGAUAAGUUGUUGUUCUUCCCCGCUUGGUUAAUCGAUGGAUUGUGAUAGAAGAAUCGGACUGUAGAGGAAAAAACAGAAGUAUCCAUUGUGAACUAAUAAUCGAACCGUUCACGGUGAACAGCAGUUUGUAGUCUGGGAGCGUUAAAUCUUGUGAAAUAUCGGAAGCAGCAUUGACGCGGCAACGCGCGCAGACAGUUCGAUCAUCGCUUCGUUGCAAAUGAAACCAUGGUUGAGUGAGAAGUACGAGUCUUAGAAUCAAUAUUUGCCUUGCAUUAUCAGUGAAGAAACGGAUCACGUUGAUGUCGUAAACAUGCUAUGCACACGAUUUUGAAGCAAGAAGAAACCAGAAGAAAAAUUGUACCAACCAAAAAGCGUCACUUCAGUAAUACACACAGAUAGCACGUGUGGUGGAUAAUCGAUUCCUUUUCGAGCACGGACAGUUCAAACAUUGCAUCAUCGCGAAAUAUCGUUAGGACGCGCACGCAGUGCCUCAGCUAGUGAUAAGCGCGGCAAACAGCAGAUCGAAUCAAACUCAUAGUGCAAGCCUUGGAGACCAGCCCAUUACUGGGGAAAGCAAACACAGCUUGCAGACAAGGAUUUCAACUGCAGAAUGCGCACAAAGUUUGUUCAGACGUUGGCUGAUUACCAGGUGGAGCUGAAAGGUCUGAAAACACGCUACGAAUUUGAAAAGGCUGAACCACUGCAAGACGUAGAUGAUGAGUUCAUCGACGUGACUGGUGAUGAUUUGGCGGAACAGGAACAGAAAAUCAUUAAAAAUUUAACACAGCCACCUUCGAAAAUCUACUACGAUAAUAUUGAGAAGGAACCCAGCGAUGGGGGAUUUUUUGAUCGUGACGAUCUGGAGGACGAAGACGAUAAGAAUGAUCUGAUUAUAGACUGUAAGCUCAAUAACGGAGAGACUGUGGAGAAGAAGACUGAAAGUGAAAACUGUAGAAAACUUGAAGAAAAAUCAAACAGUUCAACGACGGGGCCGGAGUUGGUAUUCAAUUUCACGGUUGUUGAUACUCAGCUGGUUUACAAUGAUCCCAAAAACAUUAGACAGAAGCAGUGUGAUCAAAACGAUCUACAACGAGAAGUCAGCAAUAAACCUGUGGUAUCAAUCCAAACAUCACCUGCUAGGAAGGCACUUCCUGUUGGAUCUAGUCAUAGCCUCUUAGCUGCCAAACUGAAAGAGUUCCGCGUGCAUCCUUAUACCAAAACAUCUUUAAGUCAUGGAAAUAGAAUAAGCCGGACAGCCGAGCAUCGUGCUAGAUUGCCAGCACGAAUUCAAAAAGAUGUAUUUUACCGAAUUCAACCCUCAAAUCAGCCUAUCGGAAGUAGGUUCAGGCCUUCUGCAUUCUCACCACCAGCAAAAGCGAAUGUGAUGCCACAAUCCGUUCAACUAAAGCCAUCGAUAAGACAAUCGACCAAAUCAAGUCACUUUCCUCUGCCACAAGUGUUUCGAAAACCGUCAAAAAAGCUCCACCGACAUUUCCCGCAGGAUCAACAAUCAGUAUCCCACACAUCCUUCAACCAAUAUUCACCAUUUCAAUCGCCAAUCGACAAACGCCAAGUUACUGAACGAGUUGUACUGGCACCAGACGUCCAGAAGUCAACCCGAUAUCUCCCACCACAAUUCGGUUUCGGAACAGCCGCACUCCAUAAUCUAUAUGAUCCCAAAAAACCACUUGAUUUCUCAAAAAAUUCACUACUUAGUCAAUACGAAAACAUGCUGAAGUACCCACAACAACAACAACUACGCCAGGGGCAUUCAAUUCUUCGCUCGAUGCCUCUUCCAGCACCACCGGAUCCUCCUAAAGGUACUCAUCGUCCAAAAGUGGUUCCUCUUAAACAACAUCCCACACUAUGCCCCAUUAUACUAAGCCCUUCAACCGAAAACCAAAAUUCGUGCCCUAAACCAACUGCUUGUUCAGAAACUCCCCUACCCCUUACCGAAUCUUUCCGAAAGCACAUGAACCUCGAAAUUGAAAAAUUCUUCACUCGCCGUCAAAAUGAGAUUUUCCAGGCUCUUCGACUGUAUGCCGUGGAAAAUAUAACCCUUGACGACCUAUUUCGUCGGUUGGAACAUUUCCAGAUUCGGUUCAGUCGCGAUUACAACGGCCUUGCUUUAACAAUGGUUCAACGCUACGGAUACCGCAUGCGAAGCGAAGCGACUAAAAUUCAAUUGAGCUAUCGGUUCAAAGAGCCGCCCCAGAGUUUCGUGGAGUACUUUCGAAGCGUGAAGGACUCUCUCCGGCCGCUCGUGUCGGACGAAACGUUGAACAUUUACCGGAUAGUGAUUGGGAGUCUGUUGGAGCAGUUCCGGGAUUCGUUGGAGUACUUUCUCUCUAGAUGCCUACACUAGACCAAUGUGAUAGGGGAGCGUCCUGCAAUUAUGCCACGUAGAUAAUACUCACGUUCAAUCGUAUUCUGAAUUCGAAACAUUUCUUUUAAAUAUCGUCUUUAACGUCUCGCUUUUUAACACCAUUAUAUCCUCCCUCGAAAUGCAUGGCAUAACUAAUGGACGUUUCCUAGAGUAGUAUAGUUUCAGUCAUGAAUCAUUCGUGCCAUCUUAGAAGUCGUUCUAGUUUAAUGCUCGAAUCGUAUUAGUUCUUAAUCAAUGUGCCUCAUGAAGAAAAGAAAGCCGAUCUUGUUAGCUUUAUUAAAUUUAUUAAAUAAGUUUCAAUUGUACCUAUGUAGAACGUGUCUCAUCUAAUAAGUUUCAACAGGGCAGGAAAAUAGUAGAUGUGAUAUAGCUUAAAGGAAUGACUACACUAACCAAGAUAAGCAAUGAAAAGAAAGACCAAAUCAAAGGCCUUUUCGAAUAUUUACGUGUUUUUAGAAAUAGGAAAUGUACGAAUUUAUUAAACUCAAAGUAGAAGA